AUGAAGGUCUUGUGCGUGGCUGAGAAGCCCUCCAUCUCCAAGGCUGUGGCCGGCCAUCUCUCAGGCGGCAGCUUCCAGACGCACAACACACGCAACCAGUAUAUCAAGAACUAUUCCUUCAACUUUGAUUUCGGCCAACCAUGGGGCCGCAGCGAUGUCACCAUGACGGCCGUCACAGGCCAUCUGACCCAGGUAUCCUUCCCCAUGGACUACAAGGAUUGGAACUCUCCACCCCCGGAGUCCCUUUUCAGCGCGCCCGUGAUUACCAGUGUCCAUGAUGACAAGAAGGCGAUUGCGAAAAAUAUUGCCGACCAGGCAAAAUAUGCGCGCCUGCUCGUCAUAUGGACCGAUUGUGAUCGCGAAGGGGAGCACAUCGGCCACGAGAUUGUCGAGGCAGCACGUUUGGGUAACCGCAACAUUACUGUCAAACGAGCUCAUUUUAGCAAUGUAGAGCGAGCUCAUGUAAUAUCAGCGGCGAGGCGGUUGGCGAACCUUGAUGAGAAGCAAGUUGAUGCAGUUGCGACGCGGAUUGAGCUGGACCUGCGCAUAGGCUAUGCCUUUACCAGAUUCAUCACAAACAGCCUACGUACUCUUCGAGGGCCCAUGAGCGACAUGAUCAUCAGCUAUGGUUCCUGUCAGUUUCCGACGCUAGGAUUUGUCGUGGACCGAUAUUUCAAAGUAAAGAACUUUGUACCCGAACCAUUCUGGAGCAUCAAGCUCACGCAUAACCGCGACGGGCAGAAAGUCAACUUCUCGUGGGCACGGAACCGUCUCUUUGACCGCAUGUCAACCCUCAUACUGUACGAGAGGUGUCUCGAGGCCAAGAAGGCCAGGGUGUCCAAGGUUCAAGAACGACCCACGUCCAAGUACAAGCCGCUGCCGUUGACAACGGUCGAGCUUCAGAAGGCAGCCACGCGUCUUCUGGGGAUGACGGGACAACAGGCAAUGACCAUAGCAGAGGCCCUCUACAACAGAGGGUUUAUAAGCUACCCCAGGACCGAGACGGAUCGCUUCGACAAGGGCAUGAACCUCCGAGCUCUGGUAGACAAGCAAACGCCCGACCAACGCUGGGGGGAGUACGCCCGAGGUCUCGCGGGCGGGGGCUUCCAGCAGCCCCGGGAGGGCAGACACGACGACAAGGCUCACCCGCCCAUCCAUCCCAUCGCUCACGCGGCACCUAGUGUACUCAAACCGGACGAGGGGCGGCUGUACGAAUACGUGGUGCGUCGUUUCCUGGCAUGCUGCUCCGAAGAUGCCAAGGGCAUGGCCACGGACAUUGAGGUCCAGUACGGCGACGAGACGUUCAACACGCACGGCAUCAUCGUGCUGGAGAGGAACUACCUCGACGUAUACGUCUACGACAAGUGGGACAGCUCAGCGCAGCUGCCCAAGUUCACGGCCGGCGAGCGGUUCGAACCGACGGAGGCCCUGAUGACGGAGGGCAAGACGUCGCCGCCCAACUACCUGACGGAGGCGGACCUGAUCGCCUUUAUGGAUGCCAACGGCAUCGGCACGGACGCCACGAUGGCGGAGCAUAUCCAGAAGAUCCAAGACCGCGAGUAUGCUGCCGCAGUGGACCGGGGCAACGCGCCGUCAGGCGAUGAUGGUCAGGCAGAUGCUGCGGCGACGCGAGGAGGGGGCGGCCGUGGACGCGGAAGGGGCGGCCGUGGCGGAGGACGAGGAGGCCGCGGCGGAGGAGCUGCAGAAGGGUCUGGCGGCAGACGAGGAGGGACCAGGGUGUUCAUCCCGACCAAGCUGGGCGUGGCUCUGAUCCUGGGCUUUGACCGGAUGAACUUUGAGACGAGUCUCUCCAAGCCCUUUCUCCGCAAGGAAAUGGAGCUCAAGAUGAAGGCGAUAUGCGAUGGCAGGACUACCAAAGAGGUUGUGCUACGGGAGAGCGUGGCCCAAUACCGGCAAGUCUUUAUGCAGUCGCAGGAGAGGCUGCACAUCCUCAAGGAAGCCUGCCGGGAGUUUGUAUUGGAUCAGCCACGAACGGGAGAGUGA